GUGAGGUAGACUCCUGGUGGGAGGGACCAGGACUUAAAGGCAGCAGACCAGCAGACCCAGCAGCACUUUCACUUUGAGGCGAGGAGGAGGAGGCCGGAGCCUUCAGCAGAGACCAGCAGGCCCCAGACCAGCAGGGACCAGCAGAGACCAGACCAGCAGGGACCAGCAGAGACCAGACCAGCAGGGACCAGCAGAGACCAGACCCGCACAGACCAGAGCGGCUGCAGGAUUCCAGCUCAGCAUUGAAGGGAAACCCGGAGGACAGAGUGGAGGCAUGGCCUGACGGGACAGAUGGGGAUUUCUCUUCCUUUCUUUUGGUGGAAAGUGCCAGAGAGUCAGAGAGGAAUGUCAGCAUGACGCCGUGAAGGAGGAAAAGUUCAGCCGGAAAACAACAAAACAACAACAACUACAACAACAACAACAAGAGCAGCCUGCACAGUGUUUUACUGUCCACCACAGAAAUGGAGACGUGUCCAUUCUUAGAAAGAUAAAAGGAUGUCACUGCCAGAGUUGGGCUGAUAGACGCAGGAAAUGAUGUUUUUUAGGAGGUAUGCAGUCAGAAGAAGCUGCUAGACCACAGAAAGUUUCCACCGAUGAUGUGUUUUUGGUUGUGUCUCCGUGUGAGAGCAGUGCUUCUGCUGCUAUCGCUGUUGACUGUCGUUCGUGGUGGAUGUGACUUUGACAAGGAAGGCGUGAGGAACAUUAAGGCAACCAUCGACUCCAAUCCCACCGGGUUUCGGAUGGUUUUUCCUAAAGACUACUAUGUGGAGCACCGCUACAGCAGCAGCAUGCUCUGUGACUCUCAUCCCUGCUGUGUGUUCCCCGCUGCAGUCGUCCUCCUGGACUCCUGGAAUGUUCUUCUGAGGAACCUCUGGGACGAGCACCUGAACCACUCCUUAAUCCUCGACCUGAAGCAGACACUGGAUAGAAUCAUCAGGGGGAACAAGAACACGGAGAGGUUCCAGGAGGAGACCGACUUGGCCCAGUUCUCCACGUCCACCUCCUCGCCCGAGGAGCUCCUGAAGCUGACGUCGGAACUUUUCACCCGGUGGCUGGAGAUGGACUGCUCGGCCUCCAUGGAGACCUGCUCGCUGCCCACACUGCAGCCCACCGUGGAGAGGAAGGACUUUGGUCCGUCCAGGGCCAGACUCUUGAUCACCAGAGCUGUAAGCAGCGAGGAGGAGGAGGAGGAGGAGGAGGAGGAGGAGGAAGGUCGGGCUAAGAAGAUGGUGGACCAGUCGCCGACCAGUGGAGCUCCUUCGCCUGUUCCUGCCUGGGUGUGGAGCCCCCUGAUGUUCAGACUCUACUGGUGGCUGCUGCCCUAAAGGAUCUUCUCCAGAAGCUGCACACAGAAUGCAAGACGUUUCCUGGCACUGAAUGAUUGUUUGUGUUUUAAUGCAGGAAGCUUUGUUCAUAUGAAGUCACGUGCACGGGUUGCAUUUAACGUCCAAAGUUAGUCCAAACUGCUAAACUGGUCGUUCCACAACUGGAGGACGUUUAAAAAUCCACCGUCUCUCUUCCAGCUUUCUGCUCCAUAUUGAUCAAUAAUAGGUAUUGAUUGGCUCAUUUUUAUUCCAUGUUUGUGUGUUGUUGCUAACCCUACUCUAAUCCAUGCUGUGAUCUUUUUCUCAGCAGUAGAAGCUAGAUAUUUAGCUAGCUGUUACUGCUGACCACUGAUGGAAAACAGUCCACUCUGACUCUUUAACUGUAAUUCUGACUCUAACUCUAUGACUCUUUUAACUCUGACUCUUUUAACUCUGACUCUUUUAACUCUGACUCUUUAACUCUAUGACUCUUUAACUCUGACUUUUUAAACUCUGACUCUUUAACUCUAAUUCUGACUCUAACUCUAUGACUCUUUAACUCUGACUCUUUAACUCUGACUCUAACUCUGACUCUUUAACUCUAUGAUUCUUUAACUCUAUGACUCUUUAACUCUGACUCUUUUAACUCUAUGAUUCUUUAACUCUAUGACUCUUUAACUCUGACUCUUUAACUCUAUGACUCUUUAACUCUAUGACUCUUUAACUCUAAUUCUGACUCUUUAACUCUAAUUCUGACUCUUUAACUCUAUGACUCUUUAACUCUGACUCUUUGAUUCUUUAACUUUAUGACUUUCUAACUAUUUGAUUCUUUAAAAAAUGUCAUUUUCGUUUCCAUAAAAUGACAUUUCAGAAUUUUUGGGUAUUUUAAAUAUUUCAAACGUUGUUUUCUCCAGUUUUUUUAAAAGAUUUGGUCUCAGGAGAAGAACAUUUACACACUACUUCAUGUUUGAGGAUUUUCUACGUAGAUUAUUGGUGUAAAAUGUCGUCCAGUUGUGGAACGAGCCGGCAGCUCACCGUCCAGCAGGAUCAGCUGAUCUCCCAGAUGUAACCUCCAGUAUAUCGUGGAGCUUGUCGCGCUAACCGAUGUCGAGCUACGUGCACAUAUGCUAUGCCGUCACUGUUUACAAUGAAUGUGGGGUGAAUGUCAGAUGGUACAGUCUAUGGGUUUUUGUACAUAAAUGUAAAUUAAAGACAUUUAGAUAUA